AUGUUUUGGAUUUGGACUUGUGUUAUUAAGCUAAUGAUUACAUACAUUAUAGAUAGAAAACAACAUGUCCAAGCUAAGAAUUAUACAAAAUACAACUCAACAAAUUCGGACCCUAAUUGGAACAAAUGGACCAAUUGCAAGGGUCUGUGUGGUGAAACUGGCUACAUGUCUCGAUACCGCAGUACUACGUCAAGCGAUGUUCUCUGCGAAUUUAAUCACGAGUGGAAAACUUGUCACGUUUUAGGAUGUACAAUAAGUAAUUACACCGAAGCCACCGAAGGAAAUGAACUCAGAACACGAGAGUUGAAUUACAUUCUGCAAAGAACGAGAAACACAAAUCAGAUUAUUUUGGAUGCGUGUUUCUCGGGCCAUUGUAAUUAUUACGCCUUGAAGAACACGUUUACUAAUAAUACUGAUCGGUUGUGGAACGCGUUGUUAUGUGUUAAACACAACUUGGGCUGCCCCGUUAGGGGAGGCUGGAAUAAAUGGAGUUCUUGGUCGAAGUGCACUGCAACAUGUGGUUCUGGAAUGCAAUACCGAUUACGACGUUGUGAUCGUCCUAACCCUUCAAGAACUUCACUUAACUGUUCCGGAAACUAUAUAGAAUUUAAAAAUUGUUUCGGGAAAUCGUGUAUCGCUAAAACGAAUGGGACUUGGUGUAAGUGGAUGAAAUGGUCAGAAUGUAGCGUUCAGCAAGGUAAUGGCAUCAUCGUCCGGAAACGUUUUUGUCGGUCCACUAAUACCAAUAAUAACAGUUUCUACAUGUCGUGUUCAGGACCACACACAGAAAUCGGUCAAUGCUAUGCACCUGGAGGUAAUAUGUAA